AAUAAUAAAAAACAAAUACACAGGGACCAUUAUGUAGUUUAACCCUUUGUUUCCUUGUUCAGUUGUUUUCCCAGCCGCAUAAUUAAAUCGCCGUCCUCAUCCAUCUUCUCCGUGAACGGAAUCUUCCAUCGCCGCCGUCCAUCUUCCCUGAGCAAGCCAGAUCCAGUUAUACCCAAAAAAAGAUCGAGAAAAAUGACAUCAACUGAGGGAGACAAAUUGUUACUAAGGGGUUUAAUGUUUCAUGGGUAUCAUGGUGUUCAUCAAGAGGAAAAGAAACUCGGGCAGAAGUUCAUAAUAGAUAUAGACGCUUGGAUGGAUCUUCGGGCACCCGGGCAGUCUGACAACAUGUCUGAUACAGUCAGUUAUACAGACAUCUAUAGGAUUGCAAAACAUAUUGUGGAAGGUCCUUCUCAGAACCUUCUAGAAUCAGUGGCACAACUGAUUGCAACAACAACCUUAAACAAUCUUUCUCGGAUUACGGCUGUUCGUGUGGUGGUUAAAAAGCCGCAUGUUGCUGUUCCUGGUCCUCUUGAUUAUUUAGGUGUUGAGAUUAUGAGAUAUAGAACCAUUGAUAUGCCUCUUUAAGAAUUAAGACUCCUUUUUAAUCUUCCUAUUAUGAACAUAAACUUUGAUGUUCUUUUUUUUGUUUAUGUAAUAUCAGAAUGAAAUAAAUGUUUUUUUUUUUUUUU